GUUUUUACACGAGCUUGCCAGUGUCCUUUUGCCGCUUCAAGACGUAGUACCAACUCCAGUGUGCGUUGUUCGCCAAACUAAGGAUACACGCAAAGGAUCAAGAUGUCCCAAAUGCAUUCGAUAGCUGUACUAAUGAUGGUUUUGGUGGCGGUUAGUGCCUUUCCCGACGGUGGCCCAGUUGAUGCCUGUGUCAAGCCUAAGCCGAACCAACCUUAUCACGGACAGACCAAGCCACAGCCGGCUUCGACCAACCCCUAUGCUAUUCGGGCAUCGACUGAUCGCUACAGGCCAGGCACGCAAGUAACUGUGCGAGUCGAGGGAGCGAGCAAUUUUCAGGGUUUCUUCAUCCAGGCUCGCGACGCCCAGACCAACGAGUGGAUCGGAUCGUUUUCGAAAACCGCCAAUACCAAAGCCCACGGCGAGUGCAGCGCGGUCACGCACUCCGAUCCUCGCGACAAGAAGCUGGCUACCCUCGUCUGGAACGCGCCCAACAACAAGCAGGGCAGCGUUUACUUCACCGGAACCGUAUUGAAGGACUACGGCACUUACUGGGUGGACGUCGUUUCGCAAGUCGCUCGCAAAUGAUUGCACAACUAUAAUCAACGGAGUAUAAUACUUUUAUUUCGAUUUAAGUUUUGUAUUUACAACACGAGAACAAAAACAUUUUUUGAAUGGCUUAUUAUUUUUAUACAUAAUUUCAA